GGAGAAGUAUCUACUUGAGCAGAGAGUCACAAAUUGACCGGGUGGCACCAUCCCCAGAGGGAGCAGCGAGCUUCCCACCGUGGACGAGGAGCUCCGGACAGGUGUGGGGCACCCGGUGACGAUGCCACGCUCCUUCCUGGUGAAGAGUAAGAAGGCUCACACCUACCACCAGCCUCGUGCCCAGGAGGAUGGACUCCUCUGGCCUCCUGCCCUUGGUCCUGUGGCCAGGGACCAGGUCCUGAGCACCAACCCUGUCCUCAGCACCCUGUUCCCAAACCAGUGCCUGGACUGGACUGACCUCAAACGGGAGCCGGAGCUGGAGCUGGACCAGAGCUUGAUGACCAGGAUGGCCUCCGCCCCAGAGGGGCCUGCUGUGACGUCCCGACCCCAGGAUGAGGGCUCGCCAUCCUCCGACUCACCCCCGUUCUACAAGCCCAGAUUCUCCUGGGAUGCCCUGGCUUCAUCCUAUGGGCACAGCUACCAGCAGGCCCCCUCCACCAUGCAGUCUGCCUUCCUGGAGCGCUCCGUCAGCCUGUAUGGCAGCCCUCUGGUGCCCAGCACUGAGCCGCCCUUGGACUUUAGCCUCCACUACUCCCCGGGCUUGGACGCAUACCACUGCAUCAAGUGCAGCAAGGUGUUCUCCACCCCACAUGGGCUCGAGGUGCACGUCCGCCGCUCCCACAGUGGGACCCGGCCCUUCGCCUGCAACGUCUGCGGCAAAACCUUCGGCCAUGCAGUGAGCCUGGAGCAGCACACGCACGUCCACUCCCAGGGGAUCCCAGCCGGGUCCAGUCCCGCGACCAGCCUGGCAGUCCCGGGUUGCGAGGCCCCACCUGUGCCUGACCCCCCGGGGCCUCGUUUCCUCCGGCAGGGGCGCAGCUUCGAGUGCCGGAUGUGUGGCAAGGCCUUCAAGCGCUCGUCCACCCUGUCCACCCACCUGCUCAUCCACUCGGACACGCGGCCCUACCCCUGCCAGUUCUGCGGCAAACGCUUCCACCAGAAGUCGGACAUGAAGAAACACACCUACAUCCACACCGGUGAGAAGCCACACAAGUGCCAGGUGUGUGGGAAGGCUUUCAGCCAGAGCUCCAACCUCAUCACCCACAGCCGGAAGCACACGGGCUUCAAGCCCUUCAGCUGUGAGCUGUGCACCAAAGGCUUCCAGCGUAAAGUGGACCUGCGGCGGCACCGCGAGAGCCAGCACAACCUCAAGUGAGGCUGUCCCCGCUCCCAGCUCCUGACCGGCCUGCCCCAAGAUCGUGUCACCUGGAGGGAGGCCAGCCUCGCACACCCAGAUCCCCAGUCUCCUGGAGGCAGCACUGGACGGGACUCGUCAAGCUUGUUUUGAGACUCACGAAAUUGCUGUGUGACCUCGGGCAAGUCACUUUCCCUCUCUGGACCAACAAUUCUCCUGCUGCAAAGUGUGGCAGCUGGAUCUUUUCUGAGUUGAUGUUGUCUACAGGUCUAAGGGCUCGGUGCCUUGCCCCCGGGGCAGAGCCCAGGAGGCCAGAGUAGCCCCAGGUGCACUGCGAUGCCAAGAACAGACCAGAGCUGGGACCCACAGAGAAAUCCUCCCCCUGCCUGCUGCUCACGGGGAUCUGGUCAGCUCGGUUUUCAGCAGGCCCCUUUCUGGCUGUCAUGGGUGGUCAGAGCUGUCUCCUGCCCCAGUGGGAGACCUAGAACCCCUCUGCUUCAGCCAACGUGCUGGCUGUUCCCCACUCCUGACGGCACUCAGGCCACGGGGGUUCUAGUUCUGCGGUCAGACCACGGGGAAACCAGCAGUUACUGCUGUCAAAAGCCUGUUCCUCUCAACAGCUGUAAAUAAAAGACACAGAUUUACUUACAUAUCGCCACCAUUUUUUA